UUAAAUUGAGGUAGAACCAGCCCUAGAAGUAAAAGAGCGACCUUUGCGAAAUUCCGAGCGGGAUUCCCUUUGAUUUGCCGUGGAGAUCAAUGCAAAGUUUCGCCCCUUGAUCCUGCUAGGUUUUGCUUGCCGUGCAGAUUGUCCAGGUAAUGACAGAAUUGCAUGAGUGCGCUGUGGAUUCAAAUUUUUUUGAUCAAAAUUCAGAAGAAACAGUAGAUCUCUCUACAGCUGCUAUUUCAAAACAUAAGUCUAUUCAUAGUAAGUUGUUGAAGGCUUCCUUCUUGGCAAGUUUCUUCACGUCCACAUUCUCAGUCUUUGAAAGACACUCCAGCUUAUUUCCAGAUGAAGGCAGACCCAGCAAAUCCAGAAGUUAUGGAUGGACAACAGCUUUGAAGAAGCUUAUGGGUAGUGGUCCAAUGAGGAGACUCCAAGAUCGCAUACUAGGGUCAAUCAGGACUGACACUUUGAGCUCAGCCAGUGAUAUAUGGUGUCUUGGCAAGUGCUAUAAACUCUCACUUGCAGAGUUGACAUCAAAUCCAGAUCCUGGCAAUAGUUUUACUGCUUUUUUGCAAGAUUUCUCUUCAAGAAUUUGGAUCACUUACCGGAAAGGUUUUGAACCCAUUGGUGACUCAAAGUUCACAUGUGAUGUCAACUGGGGAUGCAUGAUUAGGAGUAGCCAGAUGCUUAUUGCUCAGGCACUGAUUGUUCAUCAUAUGGGGAGAUCUUGGAGAAAACCCUUGCAAAAGCCAUAUGAUCUUCGGUAUCUUGAAAUUCUACAUCUUUUUGGUGAUUCUAGCUCAUGCGCUUUUUCAAUACACAAUCUUCUUGAAGCUGGGAAGGCUUAUGGUUUGGUUGCUGGGUCCUGGUUGGGUCCUUAUGCUAUGUGUCGAACAUGGGAAACGAUUAUCAACACUAGCAAAGAACAAUAUGAUCAUGAAAAACGCAAACAAAGGUUUCCCAUGGUUCUAUAUAUUGUUUCAGGUGAUAAAGAUGGGGAACAAGGUGGAGCUCCAGUUGUUUGCAUUGAGGUUGCUUCUAGACUUUGUCACGAUUUUACCAAAAGGGAACAAGAUUGGGCACCUAUACUACUUCUGGUGCCUUUGGUUCUUGGUUUAGAAAAAAUCAACCCCAGGUAUAUUCCUUUGCUGUGGGAAACGUUUACAUUUCCACAAUGCCUCGGCAUCUUAGGUGGUAAACCUGGUGCCUCAACCUAUAUUGUUGGUGUGCAAGACGAGAAGGCACUCUACUUGGACCCUCAUGAAGUUCAGUCGGCUGUUGAUAUCAAGAUGGAUGACUUGGAGGCCGAUUGCUCUUCAUACCACUGCAGCACGGUGCGACACCUACCACUAGACGCGAUCGAUCCAUCAUUGGCCAUUGGGUUCUACUGCAAAGACAAGGAUGAUUUCGAAGAUUUCUGUUCGCGUUCCACCCAGCUUGCAGACAAGUCAAGUGGAGCACCAUUGUUCACAGUCAUCCAAAAUAUUCAACCUACCAGACUCAUUCCUGACCAUGAUUCUGCCGCAGCCAGUUCUGGUAACGAUAUUGGAAUGGCUGAAUGUCAGUGUUCCGAAAGUUUCAGCAUCGUCGAUGAGCAGGAGCAAGAAGAUGAGUGGCAAAUUCUCUAAAGAGCCAGGUUUCACAUAUCCAUCUAAUUUAUUCUCAAGUGUUUUAAUUGUAUUCCCCUCUAUUCAUUUAUUCUCUGUAAAUUAUUAACUGAUAUCCUUGUACAUAGAACAGAAUGAUGAUCCAUUGCUGAACCUAAACCAAGCAAUAAUGUUGUUGA